GUCUCACAGUUAAAGUCGGAAAACUUUCUCAGUGUACAUGAAUUAGUGUAUGGAUCGUGAAGUGAAAAUUUUGCAAGUCAAGACUCUAUUGACUGUAUACAUAAGUGAGUGAAUAUUGUUUGUGUUGGUAAUGAAGUAGUUAAAUAUCAGGGAAAAAACUUCUCAAUAAUAGUGAUCGGUGAUUUAAGAACAGAGUAAAUGAUUCUCCAAGGCACGGAUGUGAGUAGAGACAACCCGGAACACAACAUGGCGAUGACUGCGGCAUCUAGUUCGGGAUUGUACCUAGGUUCGAGCUCUCCAACAGGACAUAGUGGAUCUCCUGUUGAUUUUAAUUACCCGGCAUCGCAAUCAAUGCCUUACAUUCAUAGAGACUUCGGUGAAAUGAAAUACAUGCCACCUCAGCACCAUCAAAACGGGCAUGGACAUUUAAAUCACUAUGCUCACAAUCCGUGGAGUUCUAUUCCUUCAGAUAUGGGCCCGUGGUCCAACGGUGGAAUGGGUUCGCACUUACACAACCCACAUCCUGAUAUGAGGGACAUUAAACCUGGUCUACAGAACCAAGAUUUGACGAACCCAGGGAGUACGUUACACCAUCGACCGCCGCAGCACAUGCAUUCUCCACAAGGCUGGCACUCCCCGGUCACACCAUCACACCUAAAUCUCAACGGUAACGGUCAUCAGCUCCAGCACCCGGGAUACGGUCUUCCUGGCAUGAAUGGCAUGCUCUCACCUGCUCAUCAGAUCCACCCGUCACUCAGGGAUCAUGACCCCUCGGAUCUUGACGGGGGUCCCCAUACUCCGUCGGAUGAGGACGCCCCGUCUUCGGAUGAUUUAGAAGUGUUUGCUAAACAAUUUAAACAGAGAAGAAUAAAGUUAGGAUUUACCCAGGCGGAUGUAGGAUUAGCACUUGGAACUCUUUACGGUAAUGUUUUUAGUCAAACAACUAUCUGUAGAUUUGAGGCGUUACAGCUUAGUUUUAAGAAUAUGUGUAAGUUGAAACCCCUACUUCAAAAGUGGCUUGAGGAAGCAGACAAUUCGACAGGGUCAACUACUAGUAUAGACAAAAUAGCCGCACAAGGCCGAAAACGCAAAAAGCGAACAAGUAUUGAAGUGACUGUUAAGGGUGCUCUGGAGAGCCACUUCCUCAAACAGCCCAAGCCUCAGGCACAGGAAAUAUCCCAGUUAGCGGACUCUCUACAGCUCGAGAAAGAAGUAGUUCGUGUUUGGUUUUGUAAUAGGCGCCAAAAGGAAAAACGCAUGACCCCAGCUGCUCAGUUGGGUCCAAAUGGAGAGCUUUUAGGAAUGUCAGAUGGUGAGCAAAAUGAUAACUCGCCACCUCAAAGACAUGAUAUGAAAAUGGGCAAUAUUAACACUGACUCUUGUAGCCCCAUUCAGCAGGGUGGGGGCUCCGGUGAACCAGGGGUUUUAAAUCUCGGUGGUAUGGGUAUGCCCUCCCUGGCGUCCUUAUCUUCUCAUAACUCGAUGCCCCCGAGUAGCGGGGGUCACAUCGUAUCAAUGUCAAUGUCACACCUCCAGUCGCCCGUCUCACACCAUCACUAUCAGCAACCCCCGGGACAUUGACAUCAUGACGUCAGAAAUGUUAGAGAACUAAACUUUUUCAGGUGACGUCUUUAUUCUAAGCAAUGGAUAGCGUCAAAACAGUGAACCUGUGAUUCUCAGAAGAAGAACGGACGCUGCGGAUUGGAUCCGAUAGUGAAGUGACGUCAAUGACGUUAAAGCAGACGGUCAGUUUUGGUGGUUAUAGUUUUGUAAUUUAUUAUUAAAAUGUGGAAAAAUGAAUGUAAAUGAACGGGAAAAUGCAAGUUAGUAAGUCUAGUGUACUUAACAAACAUUGUAAAAGUGAUUUAAUAUUUUGCCUUAGACAAGUUUUACAGUACAUGUUCUUUCUGUUCAAAUUUCAUUUCCAGCUAGGAUUGUUUGCAACGUAUUUUCUUCCUUCUUGAAAAAAGUUUUUUUUUUCAUAAAAAAAAAUCACUUAUGUUUUUGUUAUAUUGAAAUAUCAAAAUAAUAUUUUUAACAGCGAUUAAACUUAUCUUCUGUCCUUAGAAUCGAAAUUUCUGCAUGCAGAAUUAAUAGCUAUGAUUUGUGCGUAGUAAUUUUUCUCUGCCAAGAUGUUUAGAUUUCUUGAUUACUUAAUUAUCAGCAACUGAGGCCCAGCAUCUGUCGGGGUGUCUCGCUUCUCGGAGUUUUGAAGUGUAUCAGAAAUACGCCUUGAUUUAAUUUAUAUCAAUUUUAUAGCGUUACAGUGUCACAUAUGCGCCUAAUGGACACUGAUAUUUUGUUAUCCCCGUUAAAAUUUAUUAAAUCGCCGGCCACGCGUUAGAGUGUAUGAAAUUUUAUCAUUGAUGAUAGUAAUUUAUAGAAUAAAAACAGAUUGAAAACUCGAGCGUAUUUUUUUCUAAAUGUGUAUAUUUUUGCGAUCUAUUUUAUGGUUUGGGAAAGCGUUGAAAUUGUAAUAAGAUUACUGGUACGUUAGGUAUAUGUAUCACCUGGGCAAAUUACUGUGAUUUAAAGUAAACGCGCUCAUAUCAAAAGUUUCAAGUUUAAAUUAAUUUUAUAGAUAACAAAAGGGUUAUUUUGAAACUCUAGAUUGUGCAGUGAAGCUUACCCCACGUCUAGCAGCUGAGCUAAACUAUAUAUGAGAAAUAUAGUUAGUUCAACCAAACACUCUAUGGUUAGUUUUACUUUCCAUACUCGAAAUUAAAUUUCGCUUUAAGAAAACACGUUUACGUUCUUUAAAAUUCAGGGUCUAAAUUGAAUAUAACAUUACUUUCAUUUAUGUAAAGUAAAGGUAAAUUUUAAUAUUAUUUUUUUUUUGAAAGGACACUAUGAACAAUCUGUGAGAGCCACUAGUCUAGGAUAAAAUAAUAUGUGUAAAAGAAAAAAAUAUAAUAUAUUUAUGAGCCAUUGUUGUAUGUAUGUGCUAAUAAGAUAUUUAUGAAUGAUUUUUUUUCAAGAUUUUUUUUUACUCAAUUUGAUAAUGCAUAUUGUUAUUUAUUUGAUUAUAAAAGCCAAGGAAUUUUUGCAAAUUUUCAAUAUUUUAGUAGAAAAAAAGAUGAUUUAUUUUCUCUUUUAUUGAAAGAAAUAAAAGCGAAACUAUUGCACGUUGACUUAGGUGUAUUUGCAACAACCUGCGAGCAACACAGCAACAUCAUAACUCUAGUUUGUUUUUAUAUCGCUGUAUAAGAUUGAUUUAAAGUGAUGGUUUUGCGAUGUCAACUUUAAUACGUCAUUUAAUUUUUGCUAUUUUUUCCUUCAGAUCAGGCUUGUUUUUUUCUUCUCUUGACUUGAUAUGAAACAGCGGUGUCUCAAAUGCGCUGUUUUUUAUUAUUAUUUUUUUCAAAUGCAAGUCAUGGCAAAAAAUUGUUAAAGCUUACUACGAAUGCAAAGAACGUUUUAUUAUAUAAAGAUCUGCGUUAAAUGUACUUUAUAAUUUACAAACAUACAGUUUAUAGCAGUGUAUAUAACUUUCCCAGUUUGACGGUAAGAAUGAUGAAUUAAUUAGGAAAGUUUCAUACAAGUUAUAUAGUAAAUUGCAGAAAUAAGUAGGUAGAGAAUAAUGAUGAAAAAUUAGGGCAUAAUCGUUUAAUUACUUUUCCGUUGUACAGUAAUUCAUAGAGAAGUUUAUAUAUAACUUAGUCCCUACAUCUAAACAAAGAUUUAUUGCCUUAGUUUCCGUCAUAAAAAACAACAAUUUAUUUCCGUGUUUAGCUAUGUUUUAUAUAUAUAUUUAAUCUAUCCCAUUAUUUCAUACCUGGGUACAAAAAUGAUGAACUAAGGAAAAAUGUUUUAAUCAGUUAAAUUAUUUUUAAAGAAACCGUAAAAAUUAAAUUUAAUCCUACAAAUUAAAAAUAAUUAAUAUAUAUUAGUUUCACGUUUUUUUGCAUAGAGAACUUUAUGUUUUCCUCACAGAAAAGAGAGUAUAAACAUAAUAAAAUCUUUAUUUAUAUAAGAUAUAAUAAAGUGUGCUCUUUAACUUUAUUAUCUCUGUUUUUUUUAACACGCAUUUGAAUUACUUACGAGAAUAAUUGUAAAAUAAUAUUUGAAUAUUUAACACGUUUAAACAAGGCUCAUUUCUUUUAUUUCGAAAAGAAGGGUCUGGAACGUUUUAUUAUUAUUAAUUAUUAUUAUUAUUUAUUUACAAAUUUUGUACAUGUAGAUGUUUAUUAUUCGAUUUUAUUAUUUAUCAUUCGAGAAUGUUUAGUGCCAUGUUUUAUUCGUCCGUUGUUUUUCAGAUGUAUUGAAUUAAACUUCUAUUUUUAUUUUAAAAUAAUGUCUUACAAUAAAGAAUAAUAGAAACAAUGUUUAAAAUUUGCGAUGCAAUAAUUAAAUAUUUUGUAUAAUGUAGUAUUAUUUUCCCCCUUACUUUAACAAUAAUAUACCUAGCUCAAGAACUUUCUGAAACUCUAACAAUUUAUUUAUUUCUGUUAUUUCUAAAUUUCUAUCAUAUUGCUCGUCAAAAUGAACAGAUCAGAACAUAAAAGUCGAUCCGUAACUUAUACAUUACAUUAUCUCUUUACGUUAUUUUUAUUAUUAUUUUCUCAUGAGUUUAGCUUUUUUAUGCCAUUCUACGAUCCUUAAAGUUGCUGUUGUAAAUUGAAGGGGGAGGGGCAGCAUAACUUAAUAAAUAACAGACUUACAAAUCUAUUCAAAUUUCUUCCAUUACAUAAGAUUUUAAGAUUAUUUUUAAUUUCCAUUAUUUUUUAACAGAAAAAAAAAGAGAAAAAAAAUCUUCAUGUUUUUUAUAUAUAUAUAUAUGAAAGGUCAUUUCAGUGAGAUUUGUAAUCAUUAUUAGGAGAGCUGUUUGGAGGGAGAUUUUUUAAAUUGCUCAGUUUUUGAUACUCUCUCUCCAUUGUUUGUGUGCAUAUUUUAAACAUGUCUGUGUAUUUCUUAUUUUAUGAACAUUCACUGAGAACACGCUUGGUUAAUUUUAUAUUGUUUUAAAAUAGUUGCCAUUCAGUAUAUGUGGAUAUAAUAAAGAAAUGAACUUUAUAA